GUAAUCAACCGUUUGAUAUACGUUAUGCAAAGUUACGGAUCAUGCGGUUUGUCUGGGCCUCAAAUCGGACUUCCCUGGCAAAUAUUCGCUAUAGAAUACACGGAGAAGCAUAUAAAAAUGAUCGACGAAGCUGUGAGAAAAGCUCGAGAAAUAAAAAUUGUCCCAACACAAAUCUUCAUCAACCCUCAAUUAAAAAUCACGGACCAUACUUCUAUAAAUUUUCAUGAAGUCUGUGAAAGCAUUCGCGGAUAUUCCGCUGUGGUGCCCAGAGCCUAUGAAGUUGAAAUUACAGCACUGGACGCUUCUGCCCAACAGUUCACAUGGAAAGCAUGUGGAUGGCCUGCUAGAAUAGCACAACACGAAUAUGAUCACUUACAGGUAGGACUGAAUAUGAAAAAAAACAGUUUCUAG